CUGUAGGUAAAACAUGCCUACUCAUCAGUUACACAACCAAUGCAUUUCCUGGAGAAUAUAUACCCACUGUUUUCGACAACUACUCUGCUAAUGUAAUGGUUGAUGGAAAACCGGUCAAUCUGGGUUUGUGGGAUACAGCUGGUCAAGAGGACUAUGACAGACUACGUCCACUCUCCUAUCCACAAACAGAUGUCUUCUUAAUCUGCUUUUCCCUUGUGAGUCCUGCUUCCUUUGAAAAUGUUCGUGCUAAGUGGUAUCCUGAGGUGCGGCACCAUUGCCCCAACACCCCCAUCAUUUUAGUGGGGACCAAACUCGAUCUCCGGGAUGACAAGGACACUAUUGAAAAACUGAAGGAGAAGAAGCUGACUCCUAUCACCUACCCACAGGGCCUUGCCAUGGCAAAAGAGAUUGGUGCAGUGAAAUACCUAGAAUGCUCAGCACUUACACAGCGAGGCCUCAAGACAGUGUUUGAUGAAGCCAUUCGAGCAGUUCUGUGCCCCCCUCCUGUAAAGAAGAGGAAGAGAAAAUGUCUGCUGCUGUAAACCUUACCCUCCCCCACCCCACUCCAACCCCUGUGCUGUGCUCAGAACAAUGGAGCAUUCACACUCAAUGCCAAGUUUUUCUGUUAUAAAUUAGUUCUCUUCCAUAAAUUCUUGAACCAAUCAACAAUUUCAUGGUUUAAUUUGUUUGAAGUAUGAAAGUUACCUUGCAUUCUUCUAAAAGCAAACUCCUGAAAAGACAAACCUAUGUAAAGCCUUAUUUUUAAAAUCCUAUUCUUGCUCAAUUAAGUGUUGCCAAACUAUCUGCUGAACUAAGUUGCAUUGUUGUGCUACGAACACUAAGCACUAAACCGUUUUUUAAAGA